AUGAAGGCGAGCUGCUACGCUGCCGACGCUCGCUCCAUGGCGCUCCAAGGCUUUCAUUACUCCACUACGGGGGCCGGCGGGGCGGACUCGGGAAUGCCAUCCCCUCCAGAAAGUCCCCCCCUCGCCGCCUACACGGUCAGUGACGAACUGACCCGCACGCCGAAGCGUGGUCUCGGCGUGGCGCGCAGAGGGGGGGCUGCAUGCACCAUUGCGGGAGAGAGUGAGAGACUCUUCUGCGAGACACUGCGGACUGUUUUCCUGGGUGAGAGGAACGCCGUCGGUCAGGACUCGCUUGCAAUGGGCAUGUACAUGGACAACGACAACGACAACCAUCACGUCAACGACCACUACCGAACCGAACACGACGCCGCUGCCGGCAAAAGGAUUGAGAGCUCCUACGACAGCGGCAUCUGCAUGGCCUCGCCGCCCAUCAGCGGUGGGGCAGUCGGCGCCCCCGAGCAGCUGUGCGGUACCGUCGCGCAGUGGAUCGAGGUCUGGGACUACGUGGGCGGCGCGCGCUUCCGCGGCUUCGUGGCCGACGAUGCGGAGCGCAAGGCCAUGUUCGUCUUCUUCGACCCGGAGGCCGUCGUCCGCGACCUUAAGCCCGGCCUCAUGGCCUUGAUGGAACUCUGCAGCAUGCCCGAGCUCGACUGCGAGAGCCUCAACGUCUGCUUGGACCGCGGGGCCGAGGAGGAGGACAUGAAGGCCCUGAUGAAGGACCUCGGCUGGAUUGGUUUUGAGCCCAUCACCCUGGCCGAGUGGACCGACAGGCCGCCCGUCCUCAGCGACCGCUGGCUUUUCCUUGGCAUGGAAGUUUGA